AUGAUAAUUAUUUUUUUAUUCUUAAACUCUGCAUUUGGAAUUUCAAUAAAUUUAUUCAGAAGGCAAACCUUACCUCAAAAUAAUAUCUCUAACUUUUUAAAUAUACAAUACUAUGGAGUUGUCAAAAUAGGUACACCACCACAAGAAUUUACCGUCAUUUAUGAUACUGGGUCUGGUGAAUUGUGGGUGCCUUCAUAUGGAUGUGUUGGUUGUCACAACUAAGAAUACUUUAGAGCAGAAGAAUCAAAGACACUCGAAGUAUCCGAUUACGUUGUAGAAAUUUAAGUAUGCAUUAAUAUCAAAAGUUAGUAUGGCAAAGGAAAAGUCGUUGGAAGAAUGGUCGAAGACUACAUUGGAUUACCGCAAUCGAAUAUUCAUUCAUUUAUGCCCUUCCUUUUGAUCAUAAGGGAAACUGAAAUUAGAGGCCUGCAGAGUGAUGGAAUUAUGGGGUUAAACAAUGAUUAAAGCAUUCCUAACUUAUUCGAUAUUGCAGCUUAACAAGGACUUAUGAAUAAUUCGAUAUUUGUUAUGCAAUUAAACCAAAUUCCAUACCAGUCGAGAAUAUAUUACAAUAUAUCAGAUGAAAAGUUAAAUAAUGGCACAAAAUGGAUAAAUUCAACUUCAGAUUCAUAUUGGGUAUAUAUCAAUAUAUAUAGAUUUAGACUAUUCAAAUAGAUUAAGCUUAAAUUUAGGAUUACAUUGUCAAUUUCAAUGAAACUCAAUUUGCCUUAGUGGAUACUGGAACUUCUGAUUUGAUCUUGAAUGAAGAAAUGUAUGAGUUGGUUUUAAAUUCAUUACUCAAGACAUGUAAAAAGCAAUUCGGAAUAGUAUUUUGUCCUUGCAAUCCAACUGAGAAAUAGAAAUAAUAUCUUCCUGAUAUUGUAGUUUUUUCGAAAGGAGUUAAAUUAACCAUCUCUUACUCUAGUUAUAUAAUGAACGAUGAUUCAACGAGUGAUGGUUAUUGUUAAAUCACCCUUGCAAGUAAUAAAAUAUUGAAGGAUUUCUCUAACUAAAUGAUUUUUGGAGAUCCAUUUUUUUUCAAUUACAUAACGAUCUUCGAUAAAUAAAAUAAUAGAAUAGGAUUUUAAGAAGCUAAUUAAGGGGUUUGGGAUGAUUCAUAGCAAUAUUACGACGAUUUUACCAUUGACUUUACUGGGUUGUUUUGGUUUUCACUGAUUGCUUACAUAAUAAUGAUAGGAGGUCUUUUCUAUUACAAUUAUAUAUUAUCAAAAGCGUAAAUUGGAAGUCCAUCCGAAUAAGGGCACUCAAUAUAAUUAUGA